UCCAUGGUAUAUCAAUACGUUAAAAGUGGCGUGUUGCUUUUUUAAUUCCAAAUGCGGAACCACCGUCUAUGCCACCUGUUUCCCACCGCACCGAAUAUCACAUGGGACAAUAUGUAGGCAAGAUAAUAGAUAGACGAUACCGUGGAUGACAGAUGUGAUGUAUUCAUAGAUAAAAUAAGUACCCUGGAUAUUGACCAUGCUGGAAAACUCUCCCUCUCCUCUGCCUGAGAGGGCCAUUUAUGGGUUUGUUCUUUUCCUCGGCUCACAGUUUGGCUUCUUUCUGUACUGCCUUUGGGCUUUCAUACCAGAGGAGUGGCUUCAUUCAAUAGGGCUCACUUACUGGCCUCAAAAAUAUUGGGCUCUUGCGGUGCCAAUCUACCUGCUGGUUGCAUUAAUGAUCUUUGUGCUGUUGCUGUUCGGAGUGAACAUGAACAACACGGCUCCACUCGACUCCCUGGACAACAUCACAGAUAUGUACGCUCGAGGCCAGAGGACAGACGGCUACCGCAAGGGGGGAAUAUCCAGACUGAAAGAUGUUUCCAUUAGUGAAGUCAACAAAAUGUUCUACUUGUCACCCAAAUGAUUAAAAAAAAGCGAUUUUGGUUGGAGGCAGAGUAGAAGAGAAGAGAAGCUGCUGGGGAUUUAUUGUAAUGUCACUGUUUACUCCUUGUUUAUAAAAGAAGAAUUGUGCUUUAUUUAUUUAUCCAGGAACACUGCAACAUGGGGCAGAGGUAUACUGAAUUAACUGACUUUUUACUGAUACGUCACGCCGCUGUAUCGGACAAAGUUAUUUUGUGUGUGUGUAUGUGUGUGUUUGUGCUUUUUUACUGUGAUAUGCUAAAUGUGUAACAAAAUCCCGUUUGUCAGCGUAACUUGUCCCUUGGAUUAAAGGGUAGCAUAUGAUUAUUUUCAAUAAAUUACAGACACUGCAUAUAUAUGUCAAUGUUU